GGAGUCUCGCUCUGUUGCCCAGGCUGGAGUGCACUGGUGUGAUCUCAGCUCACUGCAGCCUCCGCCUCCUGAGUAGCUGGGAUUACAGGCACAUACCACCACACCCAGCUAAUAUUUGUAUUUUUAGUAGAGAUGGGAUUUUGCCAUGUUGCCCAGGUUGGUCUCGAAUUCCUGACCUCAAGUGAUCCACCCACCUCGGGCUUCCAAAGUGCUGGGAUUACAGGUGUGAGCCACCGCGCCCGGCCAGUUUUUCACUAUUAUCAGACAUGCUGGAGAGGAUGAAUGUAUUUUUUUAACCCACUUGUGCAGGCAUUCCUAUGAGAUGCAUUCCCAGCAGCAGAAUUUCAAAACUAAGUAUGCCAACUUUAUUUACAUGACCCAAAAAAUGUUGUAUUCAUGUUUCGCAUAUACGAGAAACCUUCCUAUGGUUCACACUUGGAGGGGCUCCAGAAACCAACCAAUGCAGUCUCUCUCAGCUCCCUCUAGAGAUCAGUUACCAAUUGCUUAAGUGUCUUUUCAGAGAUAUGUAUAAGCAGGUACAAGCAAAUAGAGAAACUGAUUCAUUUUCUGGCUUUUCUAUCCAGUGGCAGUCUCCUUUAUUCUAUAAUUUUUUUGUUUGUUUUUCAAUCUAACAGCAUAUCUUGAAGUCUGGACAAAAAGCCUUCCAUUCAUUUUAUUUAUUUUUAAAAAUAGCCCAGGGGGCUGGGCACAGUGGCUCCUGCCUGUAAUCUCAAACCCAGGACGCUGGGUUUGGGGAUAGGGCAGAUGUAUGUAUGUCUUUUACAAUAUGGGAACACUCAGCAUGGUCUGUGCUGGAGGGCAGAUGGUGGCAGAGAGGCUGAGAAGCGCGGCAGUGACAAGGGUAAGACGGUCCCAAGCCCGAGGGGCUCGGCCCCUCGUUUAUUCCACAAAGUGGAGGCCAACACCUACUGAGAUUAAGAACCUGGGCCCUGUCCCUGUCCCCUGUGUCUCCGCAGCCUGUGACGUCAGGCUUUUGCUUCCGGAUCCUUGGUUUCCCCAUCUGUGGAGUGGGGAUUAAAAGAUUGUUGAACUCAUGGCCUGCUGUGUGAGAAUUCAGUGAGUUCAGACAUGAAGUUCUUGAGAAAUAUUAACUACUAUUAUUGCCAGGGGUCUCACUCUGUCAACCGUGGAGUGCAGUGGCAUGAUCUUGGUUCACUGCAGCCUCUGCCUAGAGGGGUCAAGCAGUCUUCCCACCUCAGCUUGUCGAGUAGCUGGGACUACAGACACGCACCACCAUGCCCAGCUAAUUUUUGUAUUUUUUGUAGAGACAGAGUUUUACUCUGUUGCUCAGGCUGGUCUCGAACUCCUGGCCUCAAGUAAUUCUCCUACCUCAGCCUCCAGAGUAACUGGGACUAGAGACAUGUAACACCACGCCUGGCUAGUUUUAUAGUUGUAGAGAUGGGGUCUUGCUAUGUUGCCCAGGCUGGUCUCAAACUCCUGGGCUCAAGCAAUGCUCCAACCUCAGCCUCCCAAAGUGUUGAAACUACAGGUGUGAGCCUCUGCGUCUGGACACACACAAUGAUGACAAAGUUGAAAUACCUAGAGUUUGCAGAGCAUGUAUCAGGCAGACCUUUAAAAAGAAUCAGCCAUAAACUAUUUUGUAAUUGCAAAGAAAGAAAAGAAAAAUCCAAGCCAGAGAUGAUCUUACUCCCAUUUCUUAGUAUAAAGCAUUUUAUUAUCUUUUUUAUUUGUUUGUUUUGAGACGGAGUCUCACACUGUCACCUGGGCUGGAGUGCAGUGGCACAAUCUCAGCUCAAUGCAACCUCCGCCUCCUGGGUUCAAGUGAUUCUUCUGCCUCAGCUUCCCAAGUAGCUGGGAUUACAGGCACCCACUACCAUGCCCAGCUAAUUUUUUGUAUUUUUAGUACAGACAUGGUUUCACCAUGUUGGCCAGGCUGGUCUUGAACUCCUGACCUCGUGAUUUGCCCGCCUCAGCCUCCCAAAGUGCUGGGAUUACAGGUGUGAGCCACUGCACCCAGCCUAUUAGCAUUUUUUGAGACAGAAUGUCGCUCUGUCGCCCAGAUUGGAGUGCAGCUCACUGCAACCUCUGCCUCCCGGGUUCAAGCAAUUCUCCUGCUUGAAUUGGAGGAUCAAUCAGGAGACUGUAUUUGUAUUCCUGAGUAGCUGGGAUUGCAGGCGCCUGCCACCACGUCUGGCUAAUUUUUGUAUUUUUAGUAGAGAUGGGGUUUCACCAGGUUGGCCAGGCUGGUCUCCUGACAACAGGUGAUCCACCUGCCUCAGCCUCCCAAAGUGCUAGGAUUACAGGCAUGAGCCACCGUGCCCGGCCAGUAUAAAACACUUUGUCCAUGUUGUCAUUGUGUCCUAGCCUAUGUCAUCCAACCUAUAUGUACUGCCAGUUUGUUCUUCUAGGAAACUCAGACUUGGUAGUUGAUUGGUUUAACAAAUGUUGGUUAAACUGGGAUUAUUUGGGGAAAAAAAAAUUGUGUAUAUCAGGAAAGGCCGGAUUACCCCCAGAUUGCAGUGGCUUGAAACAGCCAAGGUGGAUUUUGUCACUCGUGCUGUAUUGAGUGUCAGCUUGGAGCCCGUGCGGACAGAUCAUGAAGGUUGCCAAUCGACAUAGUAAAGGCAGAGGGGUCUGGUCUCUCAUUAGCAAUUAUGUGCUCUAGCUGAAUUCACAUGUGUCACUUCUGCUCAUAUCUCAUUGGCCAGAUGUAAUCACAUGGCCUCACACCUUAUUGGCCAAAAUUAAUCACAUGGCCCCACUCAAGCUAAAUGGGGUCAAAUGCUGGCCAAGUGUGGAGCUAGAAAUAUAUGGCAAACAGCACUAACGGCCAUCUUAACACUUUAAACCUCUUAUUUUAACCAAGAACAUUUAAACAGACAUCUCUUGUACGUAGGACCAAGACCCUUUCUUUCAGUAUUGGUCUCCUAGUUAGCACACGACAUUACAUUCUUGUUUUUGAGACAGGGUCUCACUUUGUCACUUGGACUGAAGUGCAGUGGUGUGAACACGGCUUACUACAGCCUCAAUCUCCUGGACUCAAGAGAUCCUCCCACCUCAGCCUCCUGAGUAGCUGGGACCAUAGGUGCAUGCCACCAUGCCUAGCAAAUUAUUGUUGUUUUUGUAGAGGUGGGAGUCUCGCUGUGUUGCCCAGGCUGGUCUCGAGCUCCUGGGCUCAAGCAAUCUUCCCACCUCAGCCUCCCAAUGUGUUGGGAUUACAGGCAUGAGCCACUGCGCCCAGUAGAACAUCACAUUCUUGUAUAAGCUCCACCCACAAACCACAAUGAGUCAUGUUUUUUUUUUUUUUUUUUUUAAGCGGCUUGAGAACCUAAAGACAUUUAUGAAACAAACUGGGGGCUGAGUCUUCCUAGGUUUUUAUAAGCUUUUUCAUUAAAUAAUUUACAGUUGCUUUACUUGUACCUAACUUGGCAGCAUUUUUUUUUUUAAGAGAUGGAGUCUUGCUUUGUCGCUCAGGCUGGAGUUGCAGUGGUGAGAUCUCAGCUCACUGCAACCUCCGCCCCCUGGGUUCAAUCGAUUCUCCUGCCUUAGCCUCCAGAGUAGCUGGGACUACAGGCAUACACCACCAUGCCUGGUUAAUUUUCGUAUUUUUAGUGGAGACGGUGUUUCACCAUGUUGGCCAGACUGGUCUUGAACUCCUGACCUGAAGUGAUCUGCCCACCUCGGCUUCCCAAAGUGCAGAAUUACAGGUGUGAGCCACCACGCCUGGCAUGUUUUUCUUUUAACAACUCCCUUUUAGUCCUUCCAAAGCAAGCAAUCUGGUUUGUGUAUAAACAACUCUCUUGCAUUAAUUUCAUUAGUUUGAUAGUAAAUUAAACAAGAACUUCUGGCAUAAACAGGUUUGGAUCAAACAGCUACCUUUCAGGAAGUAAACAGCUUGAGAGAUGGAAGUGGAAUUGCUUAGUCAUAAUAGUAGCCUGCUAGCCCCGGCAGCGGGCUUCACAGAUGAAAAGGAAAGUGUCUUUCAAGUUGGUGGACCGAGUAAGUGAGAUGGUUUCAGAGAGUUUUGUUGCAGUAUUACUGAUAGAAUUUCAGCCUACAUUUUCAUUUCACUUUCUGACAUGAGUUCCCAUUUUGCUCACUCUGGAGUACAUCCUGGUAUACCGCUCUCCAUGCUUAUACAAUUCAGGGCAUUCAAACUCACGUGUGUCCUGACGGGUUCUGAGGGAUGGGAAGGCAUUAACUAGGUAGAGAACAGGAAGGAUGGGAGAGAGAGAUUUUGGGGGGGCGGCAGCAGGGGCCACAGUACCAAGUUUGGAUUUAAUUCUAAAGGCACUGGGAAGCCACUGGAUGGUUUUGAUUAGUGUAGUGACAGAGAAGGCAGCAAGAGUUAGGAGGCGUCACCCAGGCAAGAGAUCUUGAUGGUUUGGCCCAACAAGAAUGGGGAGAAGUGAGGAUUCCGGGAGAUUAAAGCAGCUCCUGUUUUUUCUCCUUCCUGCUGCCAGGUUGUCCUCACAUGGGUGAUUGACAGGGCAUUGGAGGUACCUGUUGAUAACUAACUUGCAGUUUGUGUUCAGGGAGCACUGACUCCGUUUGGCCACAAUGCAGGUUGGAUUUGGGGUUUAAGGCUGGGCUCCAGUCAGCCCUCGGGAGCCCCUGGGCAGGAAAACAUGGACAGGCCUACGGGUUCUUCUGCCAUUUCACUGGCCAGUCCUCCGUGUCCUUCGCUGGUUGCUUCUCAUUGUCGUGACUGCUAAAGGGAUGAGUGUCCCAGUCUCUUUGUGAGCUCAUCCAGUCUCCAUUCAAACACUGAUGACUCCCGAAUUUCUCUCUCCAGGCUAUGACAUCAAUAUCUAUCUACAUUGUUUAGUCAACAUCCGAAACAGAAGUAGGGAUUCCGUCUCUAACCUCCUACAGCUGUGUCUAUUUCUCCUCUCUACCUUCACUCGGCUCCGCCCACACUGGCUCCCUUUUAUUCCUUCUACUUUCAGGAUUUGUCUUUGCUGUUCUGUCCUCUUGGCACACUUUUCCAGCCAUCUGGAAUGGCAGGUUGCUCACAGGUCGUUUUCUUGACUUCCCUUGCUUGCUAACUUUACCUCGCUAUGGUCAUAUCCCAUCGCCCUGUGGAUGUGCGCUAGUUAACACUUAGCACAGCCUGUGAUUAUGUCUCUCCCCAGUGGACCGUGGGGCCUGUGAGGGACGUGGUCUGAUUCGGUCGUCGCCGAGCACAGAACUGGACAGGGUACUCGUAACAGAUUUUUGUUGUUGUUUUUAAAGAAAAGCUAACAUUUGAGUAGUGACUGCGCCAAGCAGUCAAGCACAGCCCCUCGGGCUUGAUCCCCAUAACCACUCUAGGGUUAGGUAUUACCCACGUUUAAGGAACAAAAAUCGAGGGAAAAAUCUUAUACAACUACUAGUAAGUAGUCAUUCCAUUUUAGCAGAGCGAAUGAGCGAAUCCACGGAAGGCCGGGGAGCGACGUGAGUGGCGAGAAGCUUGGAGUCGCCAGGGACGGCGGGCGGAGCCUGGCCGCGGGGGCUAAUGGGCGGAGCCUCCAGGGACAGCUGGCCCCGCCCAGGCCACGCGGGGCCCGCUGGGAGUUGGAGUCCCCUGCCCACCUCGCCACGUCACCGACUGCAAACCUUCAGCUCUCUCAGGCUCGGGUGCAAUCCGUACCCUCAGUGGGUUCCCUUUCAGUGGGUUCCUUUGUCCCCAGGCCCAUUAUUCCGUCCUCCCCUCUUCCCUGAUGUAUUUUGGCGCGGUCUCCUGGCUCUGCGGGCCCAGGGCUCCGGAUGAGGUCUCCCGCCAUCCCGACCCCCGCAAGGGGCCAGCUUGGUGUCGCCUUCGUUCUUCUGCCACCCCGUUUGGUAGGGGCUCCCGUUCCCGCCACGCCCCCUGAAGUUGUGGCUCGCGCGUCUUCCCAGGACUCCCCCGCGCCGGAGAGGCCCGCAGGACCGCCGAGCCCACACUCCGCUCCCGCCCGGGCCCCGCUCCCCCGCGCCGCCUUGGAAGGUGCUCGGGUCUUCGGGGCACUGGGUCCCAUCGGUCCCUCCUCACCUGGGCUCACCCUCGGGGGUCUGGCCGUGAGCGAGCACCGGCUCAGCAACAAGCUGCUGGCUUGGAGCGGCGUCCUCGAGUGGCAGGAGAAGCGCAGACCCUACUCUGACUCCACUGCAAAGCUGAAGCGGACCCUGCCCUGCCAAGCCUACGUGAACCAAGGCGAGAACCUGGAGACCGACCAGUGGCCGCAGAAGCUGAUCAUGCAGCUGAUCCCGCAGCAGCUGCUGACCACCCUGGGCCCCCUGUUCCGGAACUCCCAGUUGGCACAGUUCCACUUCACCAACAGAGACUGCGACUCGCUCAAGGGGCUCUGCCGCAUCAUGGGCAACGGCUUCGCGGGCUGCAUGCUGUUCCCCCACAUCUCCCCCUGUGAGGUGCGCGUGCUCAUGCUCCUGUACUCGUCCAAGAAGAAGAUCUUCAUGGGCCUCAUCCCCUACGACCAGAGCGGCUUCGUCAGUGCCAUCCGGCAGGUCAUCACCACCCGCAAGCAGGCAGUGGGACCUGGUGGUGUCAACUCAGGCCCAGUCCAGAUCGUCAACAACAAGUUUCUGGCAUGGAGUGGCGUCAUGGAGUGGCAGGAGCCCAGGCCUGAGCCCAACAGUCGGUCCAAGAGGUGGCUGCCAUCCCACGUCUACGUGAACCAGGGGGAGAUCCUGAGGACCGAGCAGUGGCCAAGGAAGCUGUACAUGCAGCUCAUCCCGCAGCAGCUGCUGACCACCCUAGUGCCGCUGUUCCGGAACUCGCGCCUGGUCCAGUUCCACUUCACCAAGGACCUGGAGACACUGAAGAGCCUGUGCCGGAUCAUGGACAAUGGCUUCGCCGGCUGCGUGCACUUUUCCUACAAAGCAUCGUGUGAGAUCCGCGUGCUUAUGCUCCUGUACUCUUCGGAGAAGAAAAUCUUCAUUGGCCUCAUCCCCCAUGACCAGGGCAACUUUGUCAACGGCAUCCGGCGUGUCAUUGCCAACCAGCAGCAGGUCCUGCAGCGGAACCUGGAGCAGGAGCAGCAGCAACGAGGGAUGGGGGGGUAGUGGUUACCCCGGGCUGGGCCUCUCCAGGAGUCACAGAUGAGGCCCCCGCAGAGACUGAGGCCAUCCCUGCCCACCACGGGUGAAACGAUGCCUGCUUUCUCCAGCUCCCUCCCUCCUGCUGUUUUACACGCCAGUCUGCCCAUCCGCCAAGAGUCACCGCCCUCGCCGUGAGGGCCCUGCUGGAGCAGGCCGUCCCGCUCACUGAUACCUUCAGCUCAAGAAUGCGCUAAACUUCAGAACAAAUGCACACACAAACGAAUGAACGAAGGGAUGAACAGCUUCCCUACUACUCUGACGUAGAAAGUCUGAGAGCACUGGUCUCGUAAACCAACAUCUAAGAUGUCACAGCAAAAAACAGAAGGAGGGAGCGAGAGAGGACAGAGGAGGAAUAAGGAGGCCCCGACCGGAGGCCAGGGAGCCCAGGAGUGAGGGGCUGGAGCGAGGAAAAGGAGGGGGGCCAGGCAGGCUGCGAGACUCACCUGCUCCUGCAGAUGGUCCCACAUGCCCGUCACCGGCUUCCGGUACAAGCCUGCGUGCGUGGCCACCAGCACCUGUGGAUGGGAGGGGGCCACCAGCUUUAGCUCCCCGUCAAGCACCUACUGGAUGCCACCCCAGCCCAGAAUUUGUAGCUGAUGAUGGGUUCCUAUCAGCAUCACACUGCCUGAGGCCUCCGCCCUGCUUACCCUGGAGUCUAAAACCCUUGCUCUGGAUCUCUGUGCCCCCACAUAGCUCCCAGCCUCCCUUCCAGCCAUACCUGGAAGGGGACCCCCAGCUUCUCCACCACAGCCUCCACCUUGGCCUUGAACUCCUCGGCUGGCAGCUUCCCGCGCCCGAUGCUCAUCUGGUUGGUGAAGAUCACCAGCUGGGGAGCAAAGGGUGUCACCAGGCGCCCUGCUCACCAGGGCCUUGGUCUGACCUGCGGUCGGACCGCCACGUGCACGUGCCCAUGCAGACAGGCGGCUGCACAUACCUUGUAGCCCUCGGCUUCCAGCUCUCGGAGCUUACGGGGAAUCUCUGGGUACAAGAUCCUACGGCAAGUAUGAAGCGGCAGGGGUGACCCGGGGCCAGAGGUGGACUCCAGGCCUCACUCACUCCCUUGUUUUGCCUCUUAUCACCUCCAGUCACUGGGGCCAGUGGGAAAGACCUUCCCAGAGCGUGUGGUGAUGAGGGUCCCGUCCAGAUCAAAGCCAGCCACCUGGUGUCACCAAGGAAAGACAAACAGCAGCACUGUGAUACCUCUGACCCUCCUCACUCACAGGCUGACUCACACCAACCCUGCCAGGCAGGGUGUUAUCACUGCCAUCUCACAGAUGGGGAAACCGAGUCACAGAGCACCUCCAUCUCAAGCAUCCGUGAUGCCUCUGAGUGCGGCCCGACAUCUUAACCUUACUGUCUCCUGUUACUCCUUAUGACCCCAGCCCCAGGGUUACAGUCUUUAAAAUGGGGGUUAAUGUCUUACCCAGCCUCCUUCCUCCCCUGGCCUUCACCACCUCGGUGGGCUACUAACCGUGAAAAUAAAAGCAGGAGCAAAGCUUUGGGUGCUAACUGCA